AUGUCCAUGCUUCGCUCCACUGUUUCGAAAUUCCAGCAGCCUCUUCGCGCUCAAUUAUUCCACUCCAGUGCUCGGGUUUUCUACGCGUACCCCGUUGACAAGAAUGGCAAGCCCUUGAAUGCUUUCAUGCGGUUCUCCAAGGAAAAGCGCCAGGACGUGAUUUCUAGCAACCCGGCUUUCAAAGUCACCGAGAUCGCUUCCAAGGUCGGUUCUUUGUGGAAGGAAUUGACCGACAGCCAGCGCCAGCGGUACCUCGAUGAGGCCAAGAGUGCUCUCGAGGAAUACAAGAACCGCCUCACCAAGUAG